AUGUCAGCUAGAAGAGAUACGUCUGAUGCAGGUGCUGCUGAUGUAGCUACGACAGAAGAGGCUCAGGGUAGAGAGGUUUCAGGCCGUUCUUCGCAUGGUAGCGCUGCAAUUGUUGGUGAAGAGCCUGCCAUGAGACCUCGAGGUGAGGAAGUUACAACCCCAGAAAAUGUUAUGAAGAACUUGAAUUCUCAAGUUUAUCCAGAGGUGGUGAAAAUGUUAAAAGAUGUUGGGUAUGCAAUGAUGAAGAUCAUCUUAGUUUCAACUGUCCAAAUAAACAUAAGGAAAGUGAUUGAAGUUGAUGAUUUAAUAAACUGA